AUGGCGGCGAAGCAGUCGACGCAGCAUUCCAGGAAUUUUACGGCUACCGCCGAGGAUGAGCUUAGCUUUCGAAGGAGCCAAGUCCUUAAGAUUCUAAAUAUGGAGGAUGACAUGAACUGGUAUAGAGCUGAACUAGAUUCCAGAGAAGGACUCAUUCCAAGUAACUACAUAGAGAUGAAAAACCAUGAUUGGUAUUAUGGAAGAAUAACCAGAGCAGAUGCAGAAAGACUAUUAAUGAACAAGCAAGAAGGGGCUUUUCUUAUCAGAAUUAGCGAAAGUUCUCCUGGUGAUUUUUCUUUGUCCGUUAAAUGUUCCGAUGGUGUUCAGCACUUCAAAGUAUUGAGGGAUGCACAAGGAAAAUUCUUCCUCUGGGUGGUGAAAUUCAACAGUCUUAACGAAUUAGUAGAAUAUCAUCGUACGGCGUCUGUCUCUCGCUCACAAGAUGUUAAACUACGAGAUAUGAUACCAGAAGAAUGUCUAGUGCAAGCAUUAUAUGAUUUCAUGCCACAAGAACCCGGUGAACUAGAAUUUAAACGGGGGGAUGUAAUUACUGUAACGGACCGCACGGAUCAGCAUUGGUGGCACGGAGAAAUUGGCAAUCGACGGGGCCUGUUUCCAUCUACAUACGUUACUCCUUACCACUCCUAGGUGAAUACACGGAUAUCGUCGGUAUCGUGUAACUUCCACCUAAUUUCCUCGAAUAAAAUAAUGAUGCAUUUCAGGCCUCAUGUCGCGCGCACAGAGGCCAGAGGCAUCGGCCGCAUUAUCCCACCACAAUCACGUACAGGAUCAGAGUAACGGCAGAAUUAAUCAACAAUAUUUUGCAAACUCCUCCUAUUGA